GAUAGACAGAACUUAGAAGAGGAGGUAAAAGAAACUCACAGAAUGGGACCAUAUCAAGGAUAUAUAUAUGUUACGGCCAUUUUGGAAAAUUGGUCGUUUUACAAAAUUGCCGGUCAUUAUGCAAAAAGACCAAAUUCGUGGUCACAUUGUAAAAUGACCUAAAUUUCUCAACAUUUUGCAGAACGACCAAGAUUUUGGUCAGUUUACAAAAUUAUCGUUGGUCAGUUUACAAAAUGUCCAUACAGUAAGCAGCCAGAUGGAAAAAAACAUAACCAAUGAGUAUGCUUAAUUGUCCUUAUUUUAGGUUCAGCUAAUCAUCACACACACACACAAUCUCUGCUGGCCUCGCUGCCACUCUCUCCUGUAAAUCAUCUCUUAUAAUAUUGGUUCAUUUACUGGUUUGUCAUUCACUUCUGUAAAUCAUCUCUUAUAAUAUUGGUUCAUUUACUGGCUUGUCAUUCACUUCUGUAAAUUACUGGUUCAUUAUUGGUUCAUUUACUGUCGAUCAUUCACUUAUUAUCCUCCCCUCUUCCCCCCCUCUCUCUCUCUCCACAAUAGUAAUGGGAGCUGACUGGUGAUACUGUGGUCAGUAAGGCACUGCUGAAAGCCAGGAGAAGACGACCAACGUAGUGUUACUCCCAGUACUUUGUGUGCAUUUUAUUAUACUCUGGAAAUCUGUACAAUGGAAAAUAGAAAAACUGAUUUUUAUUCAAAGCUGAUAGCGGCUGAGGAGAAGAAAGCAUCAAAUACUUCGAGUUUGUUGUACAGAAAUGAAUGCGAACAAAUUAUGAAUUGCUUGGAUGAACUUAAACGUGCUAACAUUAAAAAGACUCAGAAAGACUAUCGUUUGUUACGAAAGUAUGAAAUCCUUGAGGUCACAGUUGAAGGUAUCACCGUUAAGAAAUUGCAGAAAAGGGAACUCUUCUUAGAUUCGUAUGCGCUGAAGAUGUGUUCGAUGUGAUCGAUGCUAUUCAUCGUACACGUGGGCAUGGAGGUAGAACUAUUGUCUUUAGGGAAACAAGUGAAAAAUAUGCCAAUGUUUCAAGAUCCCAAAUUGAGUUAUAUUUACAGUUCUGUGAGGAGUGUCAUCUGAAAAAAAGCACUGUACGCAAGUCUGUGACUGUGAAGCCAAUUGUAUCCAAUAGUAUGAAUUCACGAGCUCAGGUUAGUAAACAAGCACUGGUUAAGCCCGUUGAUAGUAAUUUCAUUAUUGCCAUGGCUUGUUGUCAGAGGGGAGUCUUUAAUACCCUUGAUUUUGUUCACGAUUGCAAAUAUAUUAUUAUUAUUUAGCAAUAUUACAUAAUCUUUUUUGAUGUUCUGUCUAUUUGUAGGUCGACUUGAUCGAUAUGCAGAGCCAGCCAGAUGGAAAACAUUGUUUCAUUCUGAACUACCAGGAUCACUUGACGAAGAUGGUGUGUCUUCGGGCUCUACAGACAAAAACUGCUGAAGAGGUUGCUUUCCACCUCGUUGAUAUAUUCUGUGACAAAGGAGCCCCCCAUAUCCUGCAGUCUGACAAUGGAAGAGAAUUCUCAAAUAAGCUUGUCAAGGAAGUUCUGAUGAUGUGGCCAGAGUGCAAGAUGGUUCAUGGCAAACCACGACAUUCCCAAUCGCAGGGCUCGGUGGAACGUGCCAACAGGGAUAUUGAAGCCAUUCUCGCAUGUUGGAUGAAGGACAACAACUCUACACAAUGGUCACAGGGACUGCGCUUUGUCCAGUGGAAGAAAAAUACCCGCUUUCACUCCGGAAUUGGAAGGACACCAUAUGAGGCCAUGUAUGGACAGAAGGCUCGUCUUGGUGUUGACGCAAAUUCUGUACCAGAGGAAGUCCUGGACGGUAUGCAGACGGAGGAGCAGCUUGCAGAGGCACUAGGUGUUGUCAAUGAGGUCACAGACACAGAGGAGGAAGAGACAGGUGUUGAAGAGCAAGAAGAAGCAUCUGCUGUCAUUAACUGCAUCUCCUGUGGCAAAAGAUAUUUUGGUUUAAAUGUGUGCAAUGUGUGUGAGAACCCAUGUCACUCUAAUACUCAGUGUUCUAUGAUGAAUAACGAUGCUGAUGAGUCUGUGCUUUGUUCCAUCUGCAGUCGGAGUCAGAGUAUUCAUACUGAACAAAUGAAGUCCAACAUAGAACAACAGAAACAAGCCCAAAAAAUGAUCGAUAAUUCUGUGAAGAGAUUUCAACCAGCCAAAGUAGGGGACACUGUGAUGGUUCCCGUUCCAUUAGUUGACCGCGGACGUGCAGAGUUUCCUAAUGUGAAGGCAGUUGUUUUUCAGGCAUUGGAAAAUGGCACAUAUAAGCUUGGUACAAAACACGGCCUGCUUAAACAAGUGUACACUCGCAACCAAUUUACUCCAUGUCUAGAAAAAUUCCUUUCUCUUGAUGAUGAUGUACAGGAGCGAGAAGUAAGUCUGCGGGAAGUAGCCAUUGCAGAAUCAAUGGGACAAGGUCAGGGAUUCGCUAAAUGCUCUUGCACUAAGUCAUGUAUGACCAGACGCUGCAAGUGUUUAAAAAACUCUGUAUUAUGCAACAGCAGAUGCAAAUGCAGUGCCUCUUGCUCUAACAAGGUCGACACACAAAUACAUUAAACUUUAUACGUUUUGAUGUAUUUGUAUUUAUCAUUCCCUCGCUUUUUUUUUUCAUCUGGCUGCUUGCUGUAUGGACAUUUUGUAAACUGACCAACGAUAAUUUUGUAAACUGACCAAAAUCUUGGUCAUUUUGCAAAAUGUUGAGAAAUUUAGGUCAUUUUGCAAUGUGACCACGAAUUUGGUCUUUUUGCAUAAUGACCGGCAAUUUUGUAAAACGACCAAUUUUCCAAAAUGGCCGUAAC